CGACUUGCGAUAAGAGGUGGUAUCCUAAAAAAGAAAAAGAAGAAAAUUCCGUGCGAUGAAUGCAGCGAAUUGUGUAGUGGAAUCUUGGUUUUGGAUGCCAAUGGAUAUUCAAACUCGAAUCGGAACCCUAUCCUCUCGUACUUUCUGCUCCAGAAAACUACCUUCUGCUUCUUCUUUUUCAUCAAACUGGACCCAAAAGUUUCUGUGUUCCAGAAAGGAUUCCCAAGAAAACCAACAAAACGGUGACAAUGAAGGUGAUAAAUACUCGACAGAUUGGGACAAGGCUUGGUCAAGCUUCAGGAAGCAAGGGAAGAAAAAAACCCUCUUCUCACAGUUCUCUCCAAACAAGUACGUGAGCUGGAAUCCUAAGCGUUCAAAUUAUCCUUUGUCCGAGGAGGUUGAUCCCAUCAAGAGAACAGAGAGGUCAAACCUUAUGUUGUGGACUAGCCCCAGGUUUACUCUAGUAGGAGCCAUUAUAUUAGUUACAUUCCUUUUGGUGUACACCAUUCUUGCACCAGUUAAGUGAUAUCACUCAAAAUUUUUUACAAUCCGAGAAGCAGGUCUGUGCUUCUAAAGUUGUGAUCACAUAUAUGUAGAUAUGGGAGUACGGAAGAAAAUUGUAUAUGUACUAAAAAAUGAAUGCAGCUUAAUUAUUUCUUCAA